AUGUCGACCGCGUCUUCACGCGCCAUUCAGGCCCACGGGCCGGGUAAACCAAAAGAGUCGGGUUUUCUGCAUGCCGUGUCUGCGCCGGCACGAUGGCUGAAUACAUAUGACGACUUCAUCACAAAGAAUUCCCACCAGGUUUCGCAAAUCGAGUCGACCCUUCGAUCGCUGACUUAUAUCAUCCCCGGCCGCUUCCGCGAUGCCGAAAUCGCCUCUGAAUCCAUCCACAGUGGCGUCCAGCUUCUCUCUCUUUACCAUGACACCCUCCUGCGCAAGGCACAAUCGCUCUCCAAGAUACCCGUCCCCCCUCUUCCCCGCUCAUCGUCACUCCACAACCGCUAUACUCGUUACUGGACUCUCAAAAGCCCCCUCUACCGGCGUGUUGCCUAUGUUUUGCAGAUCGUCAGCUAUGUCGAGUUAUUGUGUGAGAUGGCGGCGAAAAAGCGCGGCGAACGCACUCGCUGGCGCGUGGUCAUCCUGCUGGAAGCCGUCAAGGCCGUCUGCAAGCUGCUGCUCCUGCGCAUCACCCGGUCGCGCCCUCUUGUGUCGCCGGCGCUUCCCGAGCGCGAGCCCAUCCCCGAACAACCGUCCGAGGAAGAGGACAGCUUCGACGACUUCUUAGCCGGGUUCGAGGAAGACGACGAAGACCGUCGCCAGAUUGCCAGCAACAUCCAAUCCAACAGCGCUGGCCUUGUUGUCGAACAAAAAACCCCUCCCCAGCUCGGUCCCCACGGCGAAUGGACCAUGCCCCGCACCGGCAUGACCCUCCCCCCGCUCCCCGCCCCCGGCGACAUCACUAGCUACCUGCUCUCGCGGGUGUUAACCGCCGACGACAUCAAGCCAGCUGCGAAGCUCGUCAACCGCCUGCAGGGCCCCGCCGCCCUGACCGCCGAGGUCCUGCACAUUUUGGCCCCUGUUGUCUUCGCCGUCGCCAUGGCCCGGUACCAUCUCGCCAAGAGGGCCCAAGGCGGUACGAAAGCGACCGGUAAGACCGGGGCUCUUGCCGCGUGGGCGCCUUGGGUUUGGGGUAUCGCGUGCGAAAUGGUGGCGAGACAGCUGCGCGAUCGCGGGCUGAGGACGACGCCGCUGGAGAGGGAGGAGUGGAGCCGGCGCGGCUGGGCGCUGGCUUGGUGGGCUAUGAGAGGGGCGUUUUAUGAUAAUGUGACGAAGGGGUUGAUUGAGGGAGUUAGGAGGCGUAUGCCUGGGUUCGUGGCUGGCAUUAUUGAGGAUUAUGAGUAUCUCUGGGAGAACUACUACUUCAGCACGAGCAACGACUGA